UUAUAUCGUACAGUUUAUAUAUAAGUAUAUAUUUUAUACCUCGGAAGACCGGAAGUAGGAAACACCACAUCGCACCUGCGCAAAACUGUUGUAAUGGUUUCAUGGUAGACAAUAUUAAAAUUGUAUCGAUCUUACAUGUUUUAUCGCAACUCAUGAAGCUUAUAUGACUCCUGGAACGUUUAUUUUACCGUUUUACACCAUCUGCGACAAGUUAGGUUAAAAACCUUCCAUGCAAGAUGACCAAAGACCGACUAGCGGCUUUAAAGGCGGCACAAAGCGACGAUGAAGAAGCUGAUGAUGUUGCUGUUAACGUGGAUAGUAGCGGGUUUAUGGAGCGAUUCUUUGGACAGGUGGAAGAGAUCCGAGGAAUGAUUGAUAAAAUUUCCGAUAAUGUGGAUGAGGUCAAGAAAAAACACAGUGCCAUCCUGUCUGCUCCACAAUCUGAUGACAAAACAAAGGAAGAGCUGGAAGAACUCAUGACAGACAUCAAGAGAACAGCUAACAAAGUACGCGGGAAAUUAAAAGUUAUUGAACAAAACAUAGAACAAGAGGAGCAUUCCAACAAAUCAUCUGCAGACCUUAGAAUACGAAAGACACAAUAUUCCACAAUAUCACGUAAAUUUGUGGAAGUGAUGGGAGUGUACAACCAAGCUCAGCUAGACUACCGAGAGGGGUGCAAAACUCGAAUUAAGCGUCAAAUGGAGAUCACUGGAAGAACUACAACAAACGAGGAGCUAGAAGACAUGUUAGAAUCAGGGAAUCCGGCAAUAUUUACACAGGGGAUCAUAAUGGAAACGCAACAAGCAAAACAGACGCUAGCAGACAUAGAAGCUCGUCAUAACGACAUUAUCAAAUUGGAGACGAGUAUACGAGAGCUUCAUGAUAUGUUCAUGGAUAUGGCUAUGCUCGUGGAACAACAGGGCGAGAUGAUAGACCGUAUAGAGUACAACGUGGAACAGGCUGUAGACUAUAUAGAAACGGCCAAGAUGGAUACAAAGAAGGCAGUACGCUACCAAAGUAAAGCUAGGCGGAAAAUGAUAAUGAUAGUAGCUUGUGUUGUAGUUCUUGUGGUCAUAGUUGUCAUCAUAAUAAUAACACAAGUUGCCUAGGAAAUGUACCACAUGACCCAACACAACCAUUCUGAUUGGCUAAUGACAUUCCAAAAUGCAAAUCAAGAUUUACCUUUGAAAACACAAAGCUGGCAUGCUAUGCGACUUUGACUGCCAAGUGUCUUUUUCAAAGAGAUUAUGGUAGGUUGAUCUACAUCAUGCUGGUGUUUGUAAGGCAGGUAGAUGUGUUAUGGAUAUUUUAUUGUGUGAUGAGCUAGACGAACGGCGAUGGAAUGCUGAAAUUCCUAAAUUAGACUGUUUUUGCUAGUGAAGUAACCUGGAAGCACGAAGAAAGAUCAAGAAGCGGCAUUUCUUCAUAGACAUGACAGUAGUGUUGUAUUUAUAAGUGGGAAGGAUUGCACUGUAGGCCAUCUUUCUCACCCACAUUUAGAAUAUACCCUUCCUCGACUGAUAUUAAUGGAGUCUCUUGGUCCUGCCAUUUCCGUCUUAAAUUCUCCAGAUGUGAUAAAAAAAUCAUUGAAAAAUUAUUAUAUUUAAGAACAGAGAAAAAGGGAAGUUUGGAAACAAAAAUGAAGGGAAUGCUGAAAGCUGUAAGUUUUUAUUAUGAAUUAAAGUCACAGUGUAUAUCCACAAAUUUUGUUGAUUUCCAAUUAAAACCCUCUAUGUCAAAUUAACAUGUUAUUAUAUGUCUGAUCAAAGAUAGAUGCAUGAUUUGUGAUUUCAUCCUCCUCCUGUAGAAUGAAAAUAAUAGAUGCACCAAAAAUCAUUCAAUAUGUUAUAUAUCUAGCUAAGUAUCAUUGCCUGGGUUGCAUGGAGGUAACAGCUUCCUGAGAUAAUGUUUGUAUCAGUCAAGAGUAAGUACAAAGGGUGUAUCCCACAAGGUGGUGGGAAUUGGUAGCUUAUGUUUCUCUACAUAGCUCUUUGUGCAAUAAAGUGCAUAUGCGUAGAUAUGCAUUUCUACCAUGAUAAUCUUUUUUUAUCCGUGAUUAUUGUAAACGUUUUCUUGACGAAUUUAUCAAGAUUAUGUACUAGAAAGAUUUGUUUCAAUUUCAAACAUUAUUUGUUAUGUAAGCACCAUUUGAGGUAAUAUAAAUGUUAUAAGAAAUUUUCCACGAGUGUACCAUUUUAUACAAUCUGAAUAGAAUCAUGUCUAAAGCUCCACUAGAAUAUCCUUCACAUUUAUUAGGGAGUCCUAUUUCAUUUGACCUCUAUAAUUAGCCAAUUUGUGUGUCUAUUAAAUCUCUCUAAAACCCGUCUUUAUAUAAAGUGCUAUUUUGCUAAAUUACUGGCUUUCAAAAUUCUUCAUAAUUCAUCGAUCAGUAUUCUUGUAAAAAUAUCUCUUUGAAUGUUGUUUGAAAAUUUAUUUUAUUUUAAAAGUAAAACUACAAAGUUUUGUAUUGUAAUCAGUGUGUUAUGUGAUGUUUUGCAAAUGAUAUUAUGAUUUAUAUAAAGACAAAUCUAAUUGCUGUUUGGGUGGUCAACAAUAUGAGCCCUGUACACACUGAAGUGACGAUGUAACUGGAGCGUUAGAUUUGAUUUUACUCGGAAUGUUAUUUGUUCUGUGUGUCGUGACAUGUUAUUUGUGUGAACUAGCCAGCACCAUGCUUUUGAAGUAAAUGUCAAACACAAACAGUAGUCAUUUUAAAUGAUACUUCAGUUACCAUUGACUACAAACACAAGUCGUGCCACAAAAAGAUACUACCUGGUCAUAUUUAAUGCCUAUAAAUAUAUAAAAUAAAAGCCAAACCGUGACCUGAGGUGAAAACUUACAGAAGAAAUGUAAAACAUAUGUCUAUAUUGUCAUUAAGCUCUGUCACCUGUAUGAUUUCUGUUGAAUCCUCUAAGGUUUGAUAGAAAGCACAAUAACGUGAGAUUGUAAUGGAAUCAAAAGGAUCUCCUUCAGAAAAGAUGGUCCCUAUCACCCGUAAGGUUGAGGUCCCUAUCUUACUCUCAAGGUAGGGGAAGGUUCUGUUAGUCAAAAUCAACUUUUAGAAAUGACAUUCCCAGAAAUACCUAGACUUAAUACGACAGCCAGUUAGAUCGACCUGAUAUCAAGAUAUUAUUUUUCUGUCUUAUGGUUUCCGUGAGCUAAACAUCAACAUUGAUAACCCGUAAGUCAGUGAACUGCCAUCUCUGUUACGCUCUCCAUACCCUUUGAUAUGUCAUGACGAAGUUAAAGGCAGUGAAUGUACCACCUUGUAGAUAAUAAAAGUAGACCAAUUUGAUCCUUUGAUGUAAAGAAUCACACAGCAGCAUAACGGUAAAAUUGACAGGCUUUGAAUUUGAAUGUCGCUUAACUCUGUAAUCUUAAAAGGAAAGGUAUCGGCCUUGCAACUGGUCAAAUUUUAUUUAUCGCAGACCAAUCAACUGCAAGGCUUAUAUUUUGUCAUGUCAUAUUUAAGGAGUGAAGAGAAGGAAAGUGAGCAUAAACCCAGGAAUUUUGAGGAUGUGAUGCAAAGUGAUUCCUCUAAAACAUCAAUUCAAACUUAAAGUAAAUCUGUCAUGUGCUUUACAGUUAUAGAUAUGGAUGUUAGCCAUGCAUGACUUGACAUAUGGCGAUGUAGAUUGGUUAGGCUUUUUUUCCCAUAUGAUACAGGCUUUGUCCUUUACCGUACAAUUUUACGUCCUGUAUACUUAUAAAGUAUUGCAGUCAUUAAAUGAAGGUAUAAACCAUCGUAUCGAAUCAUUAUUGGUAAACUAGAACUGCUUGGCUUGCACAAACUUGUAUGGUAUCUUGCUCAAGUAUCACGCACAAAUCAAUUAAAUAGAAUUAGCGCUUAAAUAUCACAAUACCUUUUCCAGGAUUCAGUUUUUAAUGGUUCUAGAAAUUCUGCUUUAAUUUCUAGAUUAUUUCCAAGGUUUUUGGUUUAUUAUGAUUAAUGAUAGACUUUCUGAUUGUUUAGUAUUGUUUAUUUCAUCACCAACUAAAAUGUUUGAUGAUAUGGAAAAUGAUGAAUGAAGUGAUUGUUCACAAAUCAAUAUGUUAACCAAUGAUAUGUCACAAUAAUCAACCAUAUUCUAAAAAAUCAUACUACAAAAUAAUUUGAUUCAACAGAUUAUUCUUAUCAUGAGAAGCAAGUCUUCAGAACUGAAAAUUGUUUUACGCUCACUGAUUUGCUGACCACCGUUUUAUGUAUACCUGACUAAUUAAUAAUAUUUUGCAUCUCCUCGGGUCAUUAACGCUAUCACCCCUAUGCAACUUUAAUCAGCUCGCCCAUACAUUGAUCUGGAUGAGUCCAUUAUGGUGUACAGUGGUGAAAGGGUUAACAGAAAAGUUUUGGAACAUUUUCUGUAAAAACAAAUUCCAAUAUGCUACAUUUGAAGUAAGGAAUUUCAUUUGACGAAUAUUGAGGGAAUUCAGCAAAAUUUGGCAU